AUGAGCUCGAUGAUGAAGAAGAAGACUGGGCCGGGCUUUAAGCCUACGGCCCGUCCACGUCGACCUGGCCCGACGCCCUCACAACCAUCCAAAUCUCCCGACGUACCAACUGUUGCCAACGAUGCUUCUCCCGGCAUUGGGGCCACAUCUAGAGAGACAUCUUCUGCUGAUGUGGCAGCACCUACCACGGAGCUCACAUCAGUAGGCACGAGCGCAACGCCAGACGUACAACCUCGAGCCGAUUCAAUCGCCCGGAGAACACCAGCAGAUAGCGUGCGAGGAGAAAGAACGGAUACGUCCACUCCAGACGAGGGAAGCGGAGAGAACGGCGAGGCGGGUCAAGAUGGUGAGGUGCCCGAAGGCGACCGUUCGCAGCCACCGAAGAAACGCCGACAAACCAGGCCGAAGACUGGCGAGGGUGAGGCAGGGGAGACAACCCAGUCCCAGCGGAAACCCCGAAAGAGGAGCCAGCUAUCCACGGAAGGCGAGGAAGGCGGCGGCGAGGGCGCCACCAGGACGAGGAAGCGGAGAGACCGCUCCGCCACUCCCGAAGAUGCCGAGACCCAAAGGGUGGACGGUAGUAAACUCACGCUGCAGGAUCUCACCAAAGACUUGCGCAUCGGCAAGAAGUUCAGUCGGCACGACGAGCUGCUCCAGCGGGAACGCGAACGGCUGCUCAACAAAAGGCAAAAGAAGACACCAGGGGAGACAAGCGAAGCCGCGUCGAGGACCUCAACGCCGGCACCACCACCACCAGCACCAGCACCAGCACCACCACCGUCGUCGUCGUCCCAAGGUCCCGCACCGGUUCCCGAACCCGAACCGCAGGCCGAGCUGGAGCCGCUCGGCCCCCGCUUCAUCCAAGUCGACGGCCAGAUCGUGCUCGACCAGAGCUCCCUGACGCUAGACCGGCACGCGCGCGAGCAGCAGCGGGCGCUCGCGGCGGGCGAGUCGCUCGUCGAGGAAGAAGAGCACGAGUUCAGCCGGCUGACGACGAGCAACAGCUUCCGCACGGGGUCCAAGCUGCGCGGGCCCAACCUCUGGAACGAGGAGGACACGGAGCUCUUCUACCGCGGGCUCGGCAUGUUCGGGACCGACUUCCAGCUCAUCGCCAACAUGUUCCCCGGCCGCAGCCGCCGCCACGUCAAGAUGAAGUUCAACCGCGAGGAGCGCGUCAACCCGGGCCGCAUCCACCUCGCCCUCGUCGGCCAGAAGACGGUCAAGAUCGACAUUGAGCAGUACAAGUCGUGGACCGGCGCCGAGUACCGCCCCGUCGAGGAGAUCAUGGCCGAGCACAAGGCCCGACAGGCCGAGCAUGACGCCCUGGCCCGCCGCCAGGUCGAGGAGAGGGCCGAGGAGAUGCGCCGGAAGCGCGAGGCCCUGUUCGCCGACGGUCCGGCCCAGGGCGAACCCGGCGACGAGGCUGGGAGGAAGAAGAAGAGGACCAAGAAGAAGGAUAAGAUGAACGAUCCUAGCAUGUACGGUGAGGUCGUCGAGGAGACCAUGGUUGGUGACGUCUAG